UAUACUCUGCUGCUUGUGAAAUUUGAGAUGUGAACCCAUUUUUAUUUCUCAUUAUUUACUAACUAUGCCAUUGAGUGUGCUACAAGAGGCACGUAGACAUUUUGCAACGUGUUAGAAUUGUCAGGAACUUUCCAACAUUGGUAAUCUCAAGAAUAGAGAAGUCUCCGGUCUAGAAGUAGACAGCAAAACAGCGGUUUUUGGAACGUGCUUGGCAAACAAAACGGUCCGUUCAAGAAACACUGGAAAAGUUUGACAUCUUUGCCAGAAGUCUGAUUUUGACAUUGAGAGUCUUGUAAUGCUGGUCGGUAUGAAGAUUUUGGUAGUUCUACUUGCCUGCGUGGCAAACAUGGUUGAAUGUGAAAUGUUUACAUCUAUGGCCCAUCUCCAAACAGCUUUGUAUGCAGAAAGAGAUAUUGCUUCGACAUUAAGGCAAUAUAUUGACAUGGAAGAAAAGAGAUUGGAGAAAUUAAAAAGCAUAGCUAAUGAUUUUGCCAGUCACAGUAAUGUAGCAUUAAAAAAUCCAGAUGGGACUUUAGGAAAUCCAGUUAGUGCAUUUUUAUAUGUCAAAAGAUUUACAAUUGAUUGGGAUAGAGAAAUUGAACCAAUCUUACAAAAUAACACAUUUACAACUAUGUUGCAACAGAUUAAAUUUUUAAAACAAGAUUUACCAACAUAUGAAGAUUUAAGUGGCGCAGCGGCAGCUUUAUUACGUUUACAAGAUACAUAUCAACUUGACACAGCUAAAAUAGCCAGUGGAGAGUUGGGCAAAACUAAAUGUGCAGAAUUAUCAGCGGAAGAAUGUUUUGAGUUGGGUCGUUUUGCGUAUAAUGACAAAGACUACUAUCAUUGUGUACUGUGGAUGCAAGAAUCUUUAGAUCGUGAAGCAUCAGAAAACAACAAAACUAUACCACGAAAAGAAGUAUUGGACUAUCUCGGCUAUGCUACUGCAAUGCAAGGAAAUAUACAGCAUGCUUUAUCACUGACAAAUGAAUUGCUGAAAAUAGAUCCAUAUCAUGAGAGAGCCAGGAAUAAUCGUGGUUAUUAUCAGAGAAUGAUUAAAGAAGAAGCCAAAUCUCGUAAAAUGGGAGAUGAUGGUGAAGGCAUAUCCCAUGAAAUCAAGAAUAAACGACACAUUGAUGAUUAUAGAAAUUCUAAUGAAUUUUUAACUUAUGAAUCUUUAUGUCGAGGUGAAAGAACACAGAAAGUAAAAGAUGAAGAAAAGUUAAGCUGUCGAUAUAAACAUAAUAACCACCCAUUAUUAUUAUUACGACCAGCUAAAGAAGAAGAUGUACAUUUGGAUCCAUGGAUUGUUAUUUAUCAUGAUGCUAUGUUAGAUGGAGAAAUACAAACUAUAAAACAAAUAGCUACACCAAAAUUAAACAGAGCCACAGUUCAGAAUGCCAAAACUGGUGCCUUAGAAACAGCAAAUUACAGAAUCAGUAAAAGUGCUUGGUUAAAAGAUGAUGAUCAUGAGGUAGUUCAUCGUGUUAAUAAAAGAAUAGAAGCUAUAACAGGGUUAACAUUAAAAACUGCAGAAGAAUUACAGAUUGCAAAUUAUGGUCUUGGAGGACAUUAUGAACCUCAUUUUGAUUUUGCCAGGGUAAACAAAAAGAAGGAAGAAAAGGAUGCAUUUAAAUCUCUUGGUACUGGAAAUCGAAUAGCAACAUUCCUCUUUUACAUGUCUGAUGUUGAAGCUGGUGGUGCCACUGUAUUUCCAUAUAUUGGUGUCAAACUUUUCCCUAAAAAGGGUGCUGCUGCUUUCUGGUAUAAUUUAUAUAAAAGUGGUGAGGGUAUCUAUAAUACACGACAUGCGGCCUGUCCCGUCCUAGUUGGUGUUAAAUGGGUGUCUAAUAAAUGGAUUCACGAAAGAGGACAGGAAUUUUUACGACCCUGUGGUAAAAAAUUUGAAGAGUAAUCACAAUAUGCUGUUAUUGUUUAAAAUAAUGCCAUAUAAUGUCAUUGAAUGAAUGUGAAGAAAUUAUAUAAGAAAGUUUGUGAAUGAAUGAACAAAUAUGUAAAUAUUAUUGCCUUUAUAUUUGUAGUGGAGAAUCUCUCUCGAACCAUUAAUAAAAAAUAACCACAUAAUAAAAUGCAGGGAACUUAUUCACAAAAACUUUGAUCUCUUAUAACUGAUGGGAACAUAAAAUCGAGGUUUUAAUUUGGUAAUGAGUGAGUAUCGAUUUUAAUGAUGCGUGUGUUGCUGGUUGUGAAAUUGUGGUUAAAAUGGUACCAGAGAUAGUCACCUUGACAGUGAUGGAGAUUGGCUACCAUGACAAAUCCAUUCUUUAUUACACAGUAUAAACACAUGAAUAUCAUUUAGCUAUUUAAAAACUUGAAAAGUUAUGGCAUAAUAAACAUAAUAUGGAACAUAAUUACUAUUAUAAUUAAAGCAACGUUUUAUUGAGUGUUUUCUCAAUGUUAUCAAGCAAAUGAUGAUGAAUAGACUUGUGGUAAGUUAUGAUAGAUUUUAAGAGAAUUAUUUUUUAUGAAUAAGGUCCCUGAUUAACCAUAAUUAUUUUACUGUUAAAAAUCAAAACCAAGAGUUUACAUAUAAUUUAGUUGUCAUUCCAUGUUUAUAAAUUGUUUUUAUACUAGAUCUGUUAAAUUUUCUUCCAUAAAUUUUAAUUGUAAAUAUAUAAUUUGUAUCUGUCUCUUACGGAACUCAAACUGGGUACUAAACUCAAAAUAGAUUUUUCCUAACAUUGUAUUUGACAAUAAGGAGAGUUUGCGUAUAGCCACACCAGUUUAAAUUUCUAUUCUUCGGGAACACCUAUUCAAAAUUUGGCCUCGACUUUCUUCAGGACUUAGUUACUCUUCUCAAAAGCUUUUAGUGCUGAAGAUUAAAUUUUUGAAAUUUUAACAAAACAUAGGACAAAAGAAUUGAGUUUGUUAUUUAUUGAUCAAAACCCCUCCCGAAGAACUCAAAAUAAAUUUGGUUUGACCUAAUGAACGUGUUAAAUUGACAUGUAUCUUCCACUGAUUGGACGAUUACAAUCUUUAGAGAUCUGUUAUUUGGUUAUUAUUGGAAUCAUUGUCCUUAUUCCAUUAUAUAUGUAUGUAACAUUUAAGAGAAGUCGGUAGACUAUAGAAUAACACGCUACUUGACAACAGCAAAAAAUCCAACACUUAUGUAUGUAAAUAUGUCUAAGCAAAUGAGAAUCUCAUGGGUUAAAAGCCUCCUCUUUCUUUAUGGUUGUUGUUUUAAGAAUUACAUUAGUUACUUUUUGAUAUGCAUUUAUUUUUAAUAAUGAAGAUCAAACGAUUCUGAAUUCAAAUAACUAUUCAAGGAAUAAUUUAUAGAGAUUUUUUUUUGUCAGAGAUCCUAAAUGUAGGAUGGAAUUUCCUGAUUGAAUUGUUUAUUUUUCUUACUUAUAUUUUUUAUGUUUUCCGUCCGGGAAUAAAUUAAAUUCAAUAUUAUUCAAUAAUUUAAGGGUAGUGUUCAAGAUUUAUUGUCCCACCAUUGAUUUAGAAUGGAAAUUUUAUUUUUAAAAGUACCAGAUAGUUUUGAAUAAAUAUAGAACAGGUUAUUUUUAUUCCUGGUUUAUAAAACUGAUUCGGCAAUUUAAUUGAAUUCUCCAAUUUUACAUGUGUUUUUUUCUCUUUCUCCAUAUAAAAAUUUGUUUAGUCUGUGCUACUCGUUGAUAUUAUAAAGUAACAGUUUAUAUUUACAAUAUAUAUAUAUGUAUCCAAAAAUAUUAGUACAACCAUAAAGCUGCAUAAUAUAAAAUAACUCCUAAAAAUCCUGAUCAUAUAUAUUGACAUUAAACCCUAUUUAGUUUGCAGUAUAUGGUAUACGAUAUGAGGAAAAUAUUGUAUAUAUUUGAAGAGUCCACUUAGGGGUAAAGUCUCAUUUUGAGUUUGUUUCCCCCCAGAAAACCUGCCGUUUCCAAUAUCUAUACAAAUUUCAAAUGUUAUUUAAGAACAUCUGAAAUUGAUGAAUUUUCACUGUUUACAUAUGAAACCCAGAGAUUUUAAAUUAUUGAAUUCUUACUGUUUUAAAAUUCAUAGAAAAGUAAUAUUCAUUACUUUAUCACACAUCAUCGACCAGGUAUAUUGUAGAAAUGUGUGACUUCCUUUUUAGAUACUGUAAACUUGAAUUAUUGCUGGCUAUCCAUAAUUGGUGAAAUGUGCCUUAUGUAGGUACUUCAGAAUGACCUCAUGUUCUUUUCCAAAUUUAGGCAUUCAUUUCAUUUCAUUUAGGCAAUAAUUCUAUGUUUUUCAGUGCUAUAUAAUCUACAUAAAUUAUGGCUAAUUAUUUAGUAUAAUAUUGUACUAUAACCUUAUUCAGUGCUGGUCAUGAUUUAUAUAUUUAUUUUGCUAUCAUAGUGCUGAAAUAUUAUAUAAUGAUGAUUUGUUUAAUGUUAUGUGUGAUGUACGUAUGUAUGUAUGCAUUGUUUAUUUUGUAAUUAAUGUCAUGUGGAAUCUACCUGCCAUACUAAACCAUUGUCUUUCAAUUCAUGCCGCUUCUUUUUAAUUUGAAUUGAUUAGUUUCUUAAUUUGACAAAAGUAACGGUACUGGUAUAUAGAAUGAUGCUAAUCUAUGGUGCCUCAAAGUCCAUCCUGCGAUGCAAUUUUACUUGCCAAGAAUAAUGUUCUUUUAUUAGAAGUAAAUAUGUAUUUUCUAAUCAAAAUUUAAGAACAAAAGCUUUCUGAAAACAGGAAAUGACAAGAAAGGUAUUCUUGUCUUAAAUUCUUUAAAAAAAAAAGAGAAAAAAUAAAGAUUUUUCAAAUCCAAAUCAAAACAAUACAAUAACAAAUAAUUGUUUACUUGGGCCAAAAAAGAUUUAUCAUUUUUUGUAAAAAAAAAAAAAAAGAUGAAAUAAUAUAAAUGAAAAAAAUCUAAGCCAUUGAAGGUAAAAAAGGAUUUAAGAAAUAUUAAUGUCUUUUCUAUUAUAAUAAUUGAUGUACUUGUACUAUGUAACUGUUUAUAUAAUACAUUCAUCAUACACAUGAAUUAAAAACCAUAGUUUCAUAAACAAAUCAUUUAAAACCAUUAUGGAUUGAUGGUGUUACCAGCAUUGCUUAAGGUUCUAUUUCAUUUUAAACCAUAAUGGAUUAAUGGUAUCUAGCAUUGCUUAAGGUUCAAUAUCAUUUAGCGAAUAAAUGUGAAUGUUUAAUUGCUA